GUCACAAAUUUGCAACGGGGUGGGGAUUGUUUUCCUGCCGUUCCUUUUCGGGAAUUUAUUCGUAAACAUUGCACGGUGCACUCGACGGUACGAUCACGAACGUACGCAACACGCCGGGAGCAUGCGCUGAUGUUCCUGUGGCAACCUGUUUGGACCGUGGACGAGUUUGCAACAAGAAACCAUCACCCAAAGCGCCAUGGAUUGUAGAGUGUAGAAAGCUGUAGUGUAUCACGAAUUUAGAGGAAGCGCUAGCGACAGCAAGCACCCAUCCACACAACAAUCCGUUCCGUUCGGAUACAAUCACAGCACAACAUCGAACUGCCAGCCUCCCUUACCCAAACACUUGCCCCCCAAAAACAAUGCUACCUCCAGCAACAACCGAGCCGAAGAUGAUAUUCCGCGUGUUUAGCUUUUUCUACUUCCUAUCCCGUCCACUGCUCAAGUGGUUCCUGCACCGGUUCACCAAUCUGUGCGAGCUGCAGCGCAUCUGCUACGGUUGCCCGCCGGGCGCAACGCGCACGAAAAAGGUCCAAAUGUCGCUGGAGCUGUCCCGCCGUCUGCCGAUCAAGAAGCUGCUCCACAUCCUGAACGAGCUGGUCGCCAACGAUGUGGAGGACACGUUUCUGCGGCGCGAAAUUCAAACGCGCGCCGUCGGCACGGUGCUGCAGGUGAAGAAGAUCAACCCGAAGGUGCACAUCGACUUCCCGCGCUCGUUCGGUACGUGCGCGGAGCGGAUAUGGGGCUACAAGCGGCUGUACUUUAUGGUGGAGAAGCUGCGCGCCACCCAGUACGACAGCGAGGAGCCGGAGCACGAGGCCAAGCUGAUGAUGCUGUGGAAGUUGCUGGUGGGCGAUGAGAUGCAGCUAACCGGCCGCAUCACCGACCAGUGGCAGCACAUUGGCUUUCAGGGAGACGAUCCUUCGACCGACUUUCGGGGCAUGGGUGUGCUCGGACUGGACAAUCUACUCUUUCUCGCACAGAACUACAACGGCACCGCCCGCCACCUGCUGUCCCACUCGCACCAUCCAAAGCACGGGUACUUUUUCGCGAUCGUCGGUAUCAAUCUUACCUCGAUGGCGUACCACCUGCUAAAGGCCGGUUCGGCCCGCACACACUUUUACAACCAUCCGCAGCAGCACCUGACGGUGGACACGUUCCACCAGUUCUACUGCUAUCUGUUCUACGAGUUCGACCGGUACUGGGUCGAGUGUAAGCCAAAGAACAUUAUGGACUUUAACCACAUCCAGCGACGGUUCGAGGAGAACAUUGUGAAGCUGCUUGCCAACGAUGGGUGCUACUUUAAGAUGAACCUUUCGGUAGAGGACGUUUAACGUCGUCUCCUCCUUGUCUCUAUACACAAUCACACACCAACACAAACACACACACACACACACACACACACACACACACACCCAUUUUCCCGUAUUCCGCUUCCGCGCAAUUGAAAUGCCUCUUUACCUUUUCCCCCGGGGUUAUCUUUUGGUGACCCGGUAUCACAGUGUUAUUAUUAGUGUAACUUUUUUCCGGGGUCCUCUUACACGGUUUGUUGUGUGGUAGUAUUAGUUUUGCUUUUUUCCGGUUUUUCCUCAAUUGUGAUACACAAGUGUUUGCGCACAACACACACACACACACACACAAUAUAGACACAGAUGCAUACGGACACGCAAACGCUGAUCAGCUGACGACAAAGUAGGCGAAGAAGAAGAAAUUGGAAAAGAAUUGUGGAGUAAUGAGAAGAAACACAUACAGACACACACACAUACACACCGCAAGUGCAAUCUAGUGAGAGAAUAAAGUAAAGCUUUUUUAGAAUUAA